CAUAGGAACAGGUGUCUCCUGCAACAAACAGAGGUGGGUCAGUACUGACUGUGAUGCUGAGAUGCGGAUAUGAGGAAGAGCUCCUAGAUGUUCUUCUAACUUUAACUAACAGACGAGAUAUUAUGCUCCUUUAGCUUCCUUGGUCAGCUUUAUUAGCAUCAACAUGCAUCGGCCCACUAAGCAGCGCACCUCCGCCCCCCUCCUGCACAGACCCCUGACCUACCUGCCGAUGGAACAUCAGGACAGAAAGUUCAGCCUGCAACCUCCCAGAUAUUUUGAUCCUGUCAGUGCCUUUCACAGAGCAACACAGACGUCCUCCAGAUCAGCAAUACAAAGAAGGAGCAAUGCUAUUCAUGUCACUAUUGCAUGGAGGAUUUAUUACCACAAGCAACUCAAGAAAAGGCAAAAUAAAUCUAACACUCCUCCUCAAGAGAUGUUCCUGAAAUUUCCAACCACAAGUCUGCCUGACUCUCAACAACCUAAAGAACCCCAGCCUGCCUGCAGACACCAAUAUUUAGAUUCUGCAUUUAGAAGCACAGAUGGGAGUAGUGAGACUAGAAGAAAGGAAGCAAAUAGCAGCCAUGACAGGAGCAAUCUAUCAGGACCUCACCCAUCUAAACCUGCUUUCCACCUGGAUUCGGAAACACAGGACAAUCUCAACAGAGAAAAGCUGAAGCAUUCAGUGAAGCUGCUCCUGGAUGAGAAAGCGGAUAUGGAGAGACACAAGAGCUGUCAAACUUACACAACAUUGAGUCCACCUUUCUGGGACAAAUCCUCACAUCCAAAGAUGAUCCACGAACCUGACGGACAGCAGUGCAGCUCACUCGACAGGAAGAGGCACCUCGGGGGCUGUAGCUUUGAUGACAUGAAGAGGCUGAAGCAGGAAGCUGAAGACAAGAUGUUCGACCCAUUAUUAUUCACGAGCAACAGCAGUUUAUGUGUGUCCUGUCAUAACGGAUGCAGAUGUAUCAUCUCUUAUCCCGGCACUGAGCUGCAUCCCUACCACACUGCUUCGUCAGCGCCGACAUGGAACCACAGAAUGAAUGUGAGUCUGAGGCAAAAAGUCUUUGAAGGGUAUUUCUGUGACAGGUUUCAGCGCUUCUUAGGACCUCAUCUUUAUUCUCCUCUUGCUCUCAGAUGCCAAGACACUGUUUACCUUCGUGAUCAGGAAACGCUCCCAUCGUUUUUAUCCCUGCUGUAAAACACAACUCAUUCCGGCUUCUUACUGCAGACUUUUAAAAACCAGUUAACAGAUACUUCCAUCUUAUCUAUAGUAGGUUCUCUUUAAUCUGGUCUGUAAAUGUUUUUCAUGAGAAAAAUGUCUUUAAAAAGAGAUUUUAUUUUAAUUUGUAAAGACACCCAUUUACAGAUGGCUAUGCAUAUGAAUUUUAACCAGAAAUUUACAUGUUUUAUGUUGGCUUUAUAGGCAGAUAUAUAAUAAAAUCUAGUCUCUUUGACCUCAAUUAAAGUCAGUUUAUCUGAAGGUUUUGUAAUUACGUUAUAGUCCAAUGAACACUGCUGUGAAAGAGUA